UUGCUGCCAAAAGCUAUCGAGAUUUGAAGACUUGUUGAGUUUGCAUUUAGUGUGCCGAGAUGCAUUUCAGACAUGUUCAGUUCAAAAUAUAUCCGUCGAGUUCCUCACUUUUGGUGUUGAGAUCUCGACGAGAACUCGACGAGUUUCUUAAAUUCUCGACGAGAACUCGACGAGUUUCUUAAAUUCUCGACGAGUUUCUUGAAUUCUCAACGACUUUCCACACCUAAUAGUUCCCAGUCCCCUCGCAAAUGUGGAACAAUUCAAGAUGACGGGAGAUGACGGUCUAAUUUCGUUCGACGAUUUCAGCAAGUUCUUUAAUCAUUUUGACAAAAUUUUAUCGAAAAUUGAAGAAGCAUCUGCCAGAUAUUCUUGCCGAGAUUCAUACAACAAUUCAUUGAGACUAUAUAAAUUAUUUCUAUACCGAAGGAAGCCCAAUGCGAAUUUUCCAAGUUUUUUCACGGGAUACCUGCAUAUGUCCCAUAAACGUUUGCGACUCGUCCACUGCGUCCUCGUGCUCAAGUAGCUUUUAGAGGUGGCAUAUAAUUAGUAAGUUUAAGUAUGAAUCCAACGAUCAAAAAACUACUGGAUAGCAUAAAUACUUUAGGAAGAGAACUAGAAAAAGGCUCUGGAAGUAGCGCAGAAUCUGCUUCGAAUAAAAAUGUCGAAGCAGAACUUUUACAAAGGUUUAGAAAUUCCCCUGGUGGCUCUGCUUCUGCAGUCAAUGCGGCCCACAGUACUGUGCCCUGUGAAACAAGUUCUACCAGUACCAGCUUAAACAAGCUUACAAAUGCUCCAAGAUUUGCCCUGGGUUACAACUUCUCGAAAAGGCAAAAGCGAAAAGACACCAGUAAAACCGCAACAGGGAGUUUUAUCAAAGAUGUGAUUUUGCUAGGAGGCCCGGAGGAUGAUAAGGUACCACGCCAGGGUUUGCGGGUCCUCUUAUCAGAGAAUAAUCACAUUGUGUCUGGAGCUACCCUUAGAAAAGAGUGGGGAUUUCCAACCGUCAUUGACUAUCUAAAAAGCUUGUUUCCUUCAAAACUUGGCGAAUUCGAUGAAAUAACCAUUCUUAUGCCAGUACACUCCAAACUCCUUGAGCCCAACCUACCCCCUGGUCAACAACUGUCUGGGUUUAUGAUACAAAAAGUCUUCAAAGAUAGGCCAGUAUACAUAAGACCACACAAACGUAUAUUGACCUUGGAUGAAUAUCUUCCAAAAAAGAAAAGAAAGCUGGAGUCUGCUUCAAGUGAUGAAGAUUCUGGAGAUGAUCUCAAUAACAAAUCUACAUUUGAAGUAACCACAGGUGUCACCAGCAAUCAGGCACAGACUGAUAUGACGAUUUCUGGAAACAUGAUACAAG